AUGAGUCGCUCUGUCAUUGAGAGAUGCACAGUCUCGAAGCAAUCUGGGUGGGGUGAUUCGACCGAGUAUACGACCACCAGGACCAAGGGGGAGACGGGUGCAGAUUUCACCCUUUCAUACCACGUCGUCACUCUCACGGGUGGUUUCGAGAAAUUUGCAUCUGUAUCGGAGGCAACACCAGCUAGCAAAAUCACUUCUACUGCUGAACCUACUUCAACCGUUGAGGCGUCAACUACCACCGACACCAGCCUUGACAGCGCAAAAGACGAUCCCAGCAGCACAACUGAUAUGGAUAUCUCGAAUAGUGCAGCAGCCGCCACGGAAACAACUAGUUCGCCUAUUCCAUCUGAAUCAGCUUCUGCUGGAUCUCGGCCUCUAGUUCGUGCAUUGGCUAUUGUGGCUUUAGCCGGAAUGGCCACCACGAUGAUUGCUUGA